AUGUAUCAAAACCCAGAUCCAUACCCCAGCUUCCAAGAUCUCGAUAUCCAGGUUGCAAGCGGGUGCUCCGGCGCAGGCAAGAUGGCGCCAAAGACCGACGAGAAGUCAAUCGAGGUGCGCGACUCGAUUGAGGCCAAGGGCACCAACGACGAGGACGUCGACAUGGAGGACGCCGAGAACCAGAUGGACGUCGACGCCGAUGCGGAUGCCGACGCCGAUGCAGAGGGCGAGGAAGAUGCCGACGGCGAGCCUGACGAUGCUGCGCCGUCGCGCUCGAGCAAAGGCCCUAGAGAUCUGGUGCAGGUCAUCGAGAACACCUCGAACUACCUUUGCAACUACACUGAAGAUGGUGAAGAGAUUGCGGCUGGAUUUCAGCGUCUUCCUAACAAGCGCUUGCUCCCCGACUACUUCGAUGUCAUCUCCGAGCCGAUCGCAUUCAGCACCAUCCGAGGUAAAUGCGUUCGAAAAGGUUAUGCAAACUUCGCCGAGUUUGUCCGAGAUGUUGCAUUGAUUUUCCACAAUGCGCAAGUCUACAACCGUCCAUCUGCACCAAUCUUCCAAUAUGCGGUUAGAUUGCGCGAGGUAUUUAAAGAGAAGCUACAGGAGCUUAUCGCGGAUGGCACCGUUGCCGCAGGCGAAGCCGAACUUCCCGACUUCGGCGAGCUCCCCCCCGUCGAGGACUCGCCGCCACCCGAGGCUGAGGAUGAGGAAGAUAUUGAUGAGGACGAAGAGGACGAUGAGGACGACGAAGACGAUGAUGACUCCGACGAUGAGGACGGACAUCGCCGUCGUAGAAGCAGAAGGGGCCGCCCAUCGUCUGGCAGGAAGGACGCCGACGACGAAGACGGUCACAAGAAGCGCGGCCGGCCUCCCAAGGUCUUCACGCCUAUGGAAGCUCGCAUCAAUGCCGUCUUGAAAGGUUUGCGAAAGUUCAAGAAUGACGACGGAUCUCUUCGCAUUGUGCCAUUCGAGAAACUCCCAGACAAGCUUGUUCAUAAGGAUUAUUAUGCAACGAUCAAAAAUCCCAUCGCAUUGGACAUGAUCAAAAAGAAGGCUAAGCGCAAGAAGUAUCGCAGCGUUGACGAGGUCAUGAUAGACGUUGACCUCAUGUUCAAGAAUGCCCUUGAGUAUAAUGAGGAGGGUAGCGAGAUUUACGAAGAUGCACAGGAGUUGCAGAAGCAGGCACAUAUUCUGGCUGAGCAGGAGAAGGCAAAGUCUGAUGAGGCUUUCCGUGACGACGAUGGCAAGCUUCCUCUUGCGGAGGUCCAAUAUGACGGAGAGACCUGGAAGGUUGGUGACUGGGUUCAUAUCAACAACUUAAACGACCUCACGAAGCCGAUCGUAGCUCAGAUUUAUCGCCUCUGGCAGGACGAGUCGGGCCAGAAGUGGUUGAAUGCUUGCUGGUAUUACCGUCCAGAGCAGACGGUUCACCGAUUUGAGAAGCACUUCUUCGAGAAUGAGGUCGUCAAGACUGGCCAGUAUCGUGACCACCGAGUUGAGGAGAUCAAGGACCGAUGCUUCGUCAUGUUCAUCACUCGGUAUCAUAAAGGCCGUCCUCGAGGCUUCCCUCGCGACAAGGACGUCUACGUCUGCGAAGCUCGCUACAAUGAGGAGAAGUACAAGUUCAACAAGAUCAAGACUUGGACAUCUUGCGUUCCGGACGAGGUGCGAGAGAAGGACUACGAGAUGGAUCUGUUCGAUCCCCCUCACAAAGUGAGAAAGGUGCCCAGUCCAAUCAAGCAUCUUCUGCAGUCAGAUGCGAAAGAGACCGACCCUCUCCCGAAACCCACCUGGGGCAGCCCGAAUGCACCACCCAUCAUCGGCGCCGUUCAUCGUCGGCCUAGAGAAGCGAAUCAGAUGCCAAAUGCAAUGGCCUACGACCACCAUCGCAUGGCGCCCACUCCAGCUGCCAUGACCCCACAACUUGAGGUGUAUACCCUUCCAGAUGGCCUAGAUGCAAGCAUUCCGCCCGAAGUCCGUGACCAGUUCCAACGCGACGACCAGGGUCGUGUUCUCUUCUUCACUGCGCCACCUCUCAAUCGCCCACACCCGGGUGUUUCCCAGGAGCAUGCUGGUCUCGGCCACAGCGUCGCCUACCUGGCAGACAAGAAAAAGCGUCAUGCGGAGCGCGAGAAGAAACGCAAGGAGAAGGAGGACUCCCGCGAGCAAGCCCAGCGCAAGAAAGUCGCCUACCUACGAACGCGCCGAGAGGAAGAAGAGCAGAAAUUAUAUGCUGCCGCCGGCAAUGCCAUUGGUGAUUGGCUUGCUAUCCACAUGGCAGAGACAGAUCGCCUAAAGGAAGAAUUGACACCGUUCAAAGCCGAGAGAGAUGCCUGGCUUAAAGAGAAGAAGGGAGUAAUAGAGAACGGCAAGGCACUCUAG